GUUCCUUUCAAACUGCUACCCGCCACAAAAACCCAAGCCCCACCCUCCAGAAGAUACAUAGCCUGAUAGCAGCCACUACCCUUCCCUCGCUCCCCUCAAUCUCUACACACACUCCUCUCCCGGAAAAUGUCGCCGCUGGUAUCCAUUUCCGGUGGAGGUCCAUUUCCGAUACUUCUUUCCACCAAAUCCACUUCCCAUUUCCGACGUUUUUCCACUUCAUUUGCUUCUCUGGUCCCACCACAAUCUCCACCACCUCCGCCACAACCAAAGUCAAAGUCAAUCCCGUCUUCCCCAAAAACGCCUACUGUCGUCGAUCCGUCUUCCAAACUGUCAGAUAACAGCUUCAAUUACACGAUUGCAAACCCUAACGGAAGUAAUCCGGUUUUGCAGUCCGUGAGAUCUACCGAGUCUAACAUUGAAAGGGUGAUAUUUGACUUCCGGUUUUUGGCACUUCUGGCUGUUGCAGGUUCAUUAGCUGGCUCCUUGCUAUGCUUUCUUGAUGGCUGUGUUUAUGUUGCUGAUGCAUAUAAAAUCUACUGGACAAGCUGCUUGAAAGGAUCUCUUUCAGGAAAAAUGGUGAUGCGUUUGGUUGAAGCAAUAGAUGUUUAUCUUGCUGGGACAGUUAUGCUGAUAUUUGCAGUGGGUUUGUACGGAUUAUUCAUUAGUAAUGCACCAGAUAGUAUAGCACCAGAAGAUGAUCGUGCUAUAAAGGGUUCUUCCCUAUUUGGGAUGUUUGCUUUGAGAGAGCGACCUAAAUGGAUGAAGAUAAGUUCGCUUGAUGAAUUGAAGACAAAAGUUGGUCAUGUAAUUGUUAUGAUUCUUCUAGUAAAGAUGUUUGAGAAGAGCAAAAUGGUGACAAUUUCGACUGGUUUGGACUUGUUAAGCUACUCCGUUUGUAUAUUCCUGUCAUCUGCUUCUUUGUAUAUUCUUCACAAUCUUCACAAAGAUGAACAUAAAUAACAAACUUUAUUAUAAUCA